AUGGCGCCCUUUCUGGACUCCGUACCAGACUUAACUACAGAUGGCAAACCCACGACCACGGCGGCCGGAGCAGAGCCCAUUGCCGUCUGCGGCAUGGCCCUGAGGCUCCCCGGCGGCAUCUCGACCCCCGAGCAAUUCUGGCAGUUCCUCGUCGACAAAAGAGACGCGCGGGGCCCCAUACCCGAGACGAGAUUCAGCGCGGCCAGCUACUACUCCGAGGCCGCCAAGCCCGGCCACAUCAAGACGCAGCACGGCUACUUCCUGGACGACUCGGUCGAUCUCGCGGCGCUCGACACGACCUUCUUCAGGAUGCCCAAGAGCGAGGUCGAGCGCGCCGACCCCCAGCAGAGGCUGCUCCUGGAGCUGACGCGGGAGUGCCUCGAGAGCGCGGGCGAGACGGAGUACCGCGGCAAGACGAUCGGCACCUUUGUGGGCUGCUUCGGCGAGGACUGGCUCGAGACCCUGACCCGGGACAGCGAGGUCGUGGGCCAGUACAAGAUCACCGGGUACGGCGACUUCAUGCUCUCGAACCGGCUGGCGUACGAGUACGACCUCAAGGGCCCCAGCAUGACCAUCCGGACGGGCUGCUCCUCGGCGCUGAUCGGCCUCCACGAGGCGUGCAUGUCCAUCAGCCACGGGCAGUGCGACGCCGCGGUCGUCGCCGGCUCGAACCUCAUCAUGGCGCCGGGCUUGUACGUCAGCAUGUCGGAGCAGGGCGUGCUCUCUCCCAGCGGCUCCUGCCGGACCUUCGACGCGGGCGCCGACGGGUACGCCCGCGGCGAGGCCGUCAACGUCGUGUACGUCAAGCGGCUGAGCGACGCCGUCCGGGACGGGAACCCCAUCCGCGCCGUGAUCAGGGGCACCUCGAGCAACGCGGACGGCAGGACGCCGAGCCUGACGAUCCCCAGCUUCGAGAGCCACGAGGCCAUGAUCCGCCAGGCCUACAAGAUGGCGGCCAUCGGCGGGCGCGACAUCGCCGACACGGGCUUCGUCGAGUGCCACGGCACGGGCACCGCCGCCGGGGACCCGAUCGAGACGACGGCCAUCGCCAAGGUGUUUGGGAGCGCCGGGGUCUACAUCGGCUCGUGCAAGCCCAACAUCGGCCACUCGGAGGGCGCGUCGGGCAUCACGUCGCUCAUCAAGUCGGUCCUGGCCCUCGAGCACCGCACGAUCCCGCCCAACAUCAAGUUCGACACGCCCAACCCCAAGAUCCCCUUCGCCGAGACGAACCUCAGGGUCCCGGUCGCGCCGACGCCGUGGCCGGAAGACCGCGUGGAGAGGGUCUCGGUCAACUCGUUCGGGAUCGGCGGCGCCAACGCCCACGUCGUGCUCGAGUCGGCGGCAAGCUUCCUCGGACGUCCUCCCGAGAGCCCCUCCGUCAUGGAGCUGUCCGCCCUGCAGAGAGAAAGGGCACAUCUCAUGGUGUACUCGGCCAACACGGCCGACUCUCUGAGACGCCAGGUCGUCAACAGCCAGAAGUACAUCGGUGAGCACCCCGGCUCCCUCGACGAUAUCAGCUACACGUUGGCCUCCCGACGCGGUCACCUGCCGCACCGGGCAUUUUCGGUGAUGCAGGACGGCGUCGAACUCACCACAUCGCCGUUCGGGAAAGCACCCAACACGCCCGCGGACCUCGCGCUCGUCUUUACCGGCCAGGGGGCGCAGUGGCCGCAGAUGGGGGCGGAGCUGCUCAAGACCAACCGCGUGUUCGCGCAGUCCAUGCGAAGGAUGGACAAGUUCCUGAGCCUCCUUCCGGACGGGCCGCCUUGGACCCUGGUCGAAGAGCUUCUCAAGCCGGCGGAGACGAGCAGUCUGCACAGAGCCCAUCUGUCCCAGCCGGUGUGCACGGCGGUGCAGAUCGCCUUGGUGGACGCCCUCCGCGAAACGGCCGGGAUCAAGCCCUUUGGCGUCGUCGGCCACUCUUCCGGCGAGAUGGCCGCGGCGUAUACCGCCGGGAAGCUCACUGCCAACGAGGCCAUUGUUGCGGCAUACUAUCGCGGGAUAGUCUCUUCCGAGGUCACCAAGCCCGGCGCCAUGGCUGCCGUUGGCAUGGGACAGAAAGACACGCUGCCGUUCCUGAAGCCCGGUGUUGGUGUUGCCUGCGAGAACUCGCCGUCGAGCGUCACGAUCUCUGGUGACGCAGCCAUUGUCGAGGAGGUCCUCUCGCACAUCCGGGAGUCGAAGCCGGAUGUUCUAGCCCGUCUACUGAAGGUCGAGAAGGCUUAUCACUCCCAUCACAUGAAGGAAGUCGGUGAUCGCUAUCUCUCGUUGACGUCUCCCCACAUCAACAGUCCCGGAGGUCUUGGACCGUCUGGCCCGUACAUGUUUUCCUCGGUGACCGGAGGUCGAUUACCCCAAGAGACGCCGACGGAUGCAGAGUACUGGAGAUCCAACCUCGAGUCGCCGGUGCUCUUCAGCGCCGCCAUCUCCGCCUUGGUUGCCGAGCACAAGAGACAGAGCAGCAGCAGCAAGCCGUUGGCGUUCCUCGAAGUCGGGCCGCACUCGGCGCUGGCCGGGCCCUUGCGUCAGAUUCUCGCACAAGAGUCCAUCAACCUGUCCUACGCGUCAUGUCUCGUGCGGUCCAAGAACUCCACCGAGUCCUACAUGGCAGCCCUCGGCCAGCUCUGGCAAAACGGGGUCGAGGUCGACUUCGACCGCCUCACGAACCCCGACGGCACCGCCCGCGUGGUCCCGGACCUGCCGGCCUACCCCUGGCAGCACGACCACUCCCUCCUGUUCUCGAGCCGCGUCUCUGACGCGUGGCGGUUCCGUAAGUUUCCCAAGCACGAGAUCCUCGGCGUCCGCGUCGCCGAGAGCAGCGAGACCGAGCCCGUCUUCCGGAACGUGCUGGCGCUGGACCGCGUGCCCUGGAUCCGCGACCACAACAUCAGGGGCGACGUCGUCUUCCCCUGCGCGGGAUACGUCGGCAUGGCGGGCGAGGCGGCGAGGCAGCUCUGCCUCGGCUCUGGCGGCGGGGGCGGGGCCGUCUUCUCCGGGUUCGCGAUGCGCAACGUCGUCAUCGACAUGGCCAUGGUCCUUGCCGAGAAUAGGUCUACCGAGAUCAUCACGAGCCUCCGGCGGGAGAGGCUGACGGACAGCCUCGAAGGUGCGUGGUGGGAGUUUACCAUCGCCUCGCACAACGGCUCGGCCUGGUCUAAGCACUGCAGCGGCCAGGUCCGGCCGUUGCAGAGUCCGGGCCGGACACCGGGCGACCGCGCGCCGGGGCUUUCCCGCGGUGUUGGUUCGGCCAAGUGGUAUCAGGCCCUGCGCAAGGUCGGCGCCAACUACGGUCCAUACUUCCAGGGGUUGGCGGACGUGAGUUGCUCUCCGACCGGCCACCGUUCCAGGGGCACGGCGACGCACACGAUCCAGGACGGCACAUACUACCCGGUACAUCCUACCAAGCUGGACUUCUUCCUCCAGCUCUUCAGCGUCGCGGCCAUGAAGGGGGUUGGGCACAAGCUCGACAAGAUGAACGUCCCGACCUUCAUCGAGGAGCUGGAGGUUUACCACUGUGACUCGGAGAUCCAGAUGGAGGUCACAGCAACCCAGACGCCGCGCGGACUGCUUUGCGGGGGCGGCGAGGGCGUCGGUGACAGCGGAACAGUUGCUCUCACGGUCAAGGGAGUAAAGCUGAGUCCUCUCGAGAACGAUGUCUCUGAAGAGGACGCAGACCCCCAUGCUGGGGCGCGUGUUUUCUGGCAGCCGGAUGUUGAUUUCUUGAACAUGUCGGAGCUCAUCAAGCCGCAUCCGGGACAGAAGAAUCUCCAGUUUGCCCUCGAACUCACCUUUUCAUGCAUAAAGGGAGCGUUGCAACGAUUGGAAGGGGUUGAAACUACCCAGCCGCACCUUGCAAGCUUCCAUGCGUGGAUGAAGAAGCAAGAUGUCCCAGCAGACAUUGCUGCUGACAUCAACUCAGUCUUUGACAAUAACAACGAGUCCCGGAUGGAACCGUUCUCGUCGUUUGCAACCGCUGCAAAGAUUGUGCUCGACAACAUUGUGCCGUUCUUCAGGGGCGACGUCGAGCCUCUCGAGGUGCUCAUGCCGAACAACGUUCUGACCGACGUCUACAACUCGCUGAACAUCACCGACAGAGAGCCGCUCUUCCGGGCACUCGGCCAUUCGAAGCCCAACCUCCGCGUCCUGGAGAUCGGCGCAGGCACGGGCGGGACGACCAACAAGGUCCUGGAGUGGCUGCGCGGCCCGACGGGAGCGUCGUUGUACUCGUCGUACACUUACACGGACAUCUCGGCCGGCUUCUUUGCGACGGCGAAGGAACGUUUCGGGGCGCAUCCCAGCAUGCAUUUCAAGGCGCUCGACAUCUCCCGGGACCCCCUCGAGCAAGGAUUCGAAGCCGGGUCGUAUGAUCUCGUCAUCGCGGCCAACGUCCUCCACGCCACCCCGAGCCUCAGGGAAACGCUCACCAACGUCCGCAGGCUGCUGCACCCGGAAGGGAGGCUGUACAUGGAAGAGCUCUCCCACGACGCCCUCCCUCUGAACUUCAUCAUGGGGGUGCUGCCCGGCUGGUGGCUGGGCGCAGACGACGGCAGACCGGACCAGCCGCACGUCUCGACGGAGCGAUGGGACGCGGAACUGAGGGACGCCGGCUUCGAUGGUCUCGACGAUGUUGCUUUCGACUCGGAGAGGCCAAACAACCUGCUCGCCUUCAUGACGGCCAAGCCUUCUCGAGACACUCCCCUUCCAGGGACGGUAAGUAUCCUGCACGACGCGAGUUCCAUGGAUCUUGCGGCCACGGUUCGGGAUGCCUUGUCACAGGAUGGGAUCAAGUCCAUCACCCUCCACGAUAUCUCAAAUGAGCUACCUUCCACAACGGAGGACCUCAUCUCCGUGGUCGACCUACAGACGCCCUUCUUCGAGAACAUCAGCGCCGAGACCUUUGCGGUCUUCCGCAAACUCGUUACCGGGGCGUCGGACCAGCAGAGCGGCAUCUUCUGGCUGACCCGGUCCUCGCAGCUCGGGUGUCCGGACCCGAGAUGGGGAGAGACGAUCGGCGCGGCGCGGUCCAUCCGGAACGAGCUGAGCCUGGACUUUGCAACCUGCGAGGUCGGGCAGAUAGACGACGCCGAGUCGCUCUCGGCGGUAUCGCGUGUUUUCAAGAAGUUCCAGCAGCGCCGGCACGAGGAUGUCGUGUCGCCCGAGUACGAGUACAGCAUCGUGGACGGGACGGUGCACAUCUCGCGACUGUACCCCGUCAGCGUCGGCGCCGAACUGCGCGCCAGCCACGAUCUGGGCGCCGAAGACAUCGACCAUGAUCUACAGAUCGGCAGAUACGGCCGCCUGAACACGCUCCAUUGGGCUCCGAGAGAGCCCAGAGCCCUACUGGGCGACGAUGUGGUGGUAGAGGCAAAGGCUGUCGGCAUGAACUUCAAGGAUGUUCUCAUCGCCAUGGGUAUCGUCGAUUCGACCAUCGGAAGCCUCGGCCUCGAAGCCGCCGGCGUCGUCCGGCAGACCGGGCCCGAAGCCAACGCGCUCUCUCCGGGGGACCGGGUCUUCGUGUUCGGCGGCGGCUGCUUCUCCACCGGCAUCGUCAUCUCCGAGAAGCUCUGCGUGAAGAUCCCGGACUCGCUCAGCUUCCACGACGCCGCGACCAUGCCCUGCGUCUUCUCGACCGUCAUCCACGGCCUGCUCGACGUGGCCCGCCUCUCGGCAGGCGACUCCGUCCUCGUCCACUCCGCCUGCGGGGGCGUCGGCCUGGCCGCGCUGCAGAUCUGCAAGAUGACGGGCGCCGAGAUCUACUGCACCGUCGGCAGCGAGGAGAAGGCGCGGCACCUCGAGGACGCGUUCGGCAUCCCCAGGGAGCGCAUCUUCAACUCCCGCGACGCGUCGUUCCUCCCGGCCGUCCUCGGGGCGACGCGGGGCCGAGGGGUGGACGUCGUGCUCAACUCGCUCAGCGGCGACCUGCUCCACGCGUCCUGGAGCUGCGUGGCCGAGUUCGGCACGAUGGUCGAGAUCGGGAAGCGCGACCUCAUCGGCAACGGGAGGCUUGCGCUGAACGUGUUUGAGCUCAACCGCAGCUAUCACGGCGUGGAUCUCGGCCACCUCAUCGAAGUCAAGCCGAAGGAGGGGAACAGACUGCUCAAGAAGAUUGUGGAACUCUACGAUCAGGGCCAUAUCGGUCCCAUAUCUCCCUCAAAGGUCUUCGACGCCGCCGCCGUGGAGGAGUGUUUCCGAUACAUGCAGAAAGGACAGCAUAUCGGGAAGAUCGUCAUGUCGAUGGACGGCCUCUCUCGCAGCGCGCAGCUCGGCUCAUCUUCCUCCUUCAACCCGUCCUUCGACCGCGAAGCCAGCUACCUCCUCGUGGGCGGACUCGGGGGCCUGGGCCGCCUGGUGUCCAACUGGAUGGUGGAGCACGGCGCACGAAACCUCGUCUACCUGUCACGGAAUGGCGGAGGAGAGACAGACGACAACGACAGCUUCUUCUUCAAGGAGCUCGCAGACCAGGGGUGUUCCGCGACCGCCGUACGGGGAAGCGUCACCUCCCUCGCCGACGUCGAGAGAGCCAUCGGCGCCGCGACGAGGCCCGUCCGAGGCGUCAUCAACCUGUCCAUGGUCCUCCGGGACCAGAGCUUCGCCAAGAUGUCGCACGAAGAGUGGGAGACGGCCGUGGGCCCCAAGGUGCAGGGCACGUGGAACCUCCACAACGCCUGCGCGGACGCCGGGCUGGACCUCGACUUCUUCCUGCUCUUCAGCUCCAUCUCGGGCGUCGUCGGCCAGCGGGGCCAGGCGAACUACGCCGCGGCCAACACGUUCCUCGACGCCUUCGUCCAGUAUCGUCAGGCCCUCGGCCUGAGGGCCGGCGUCGUCGACAUCGGCGCCAUGGUGGACCACGGCUACCUCGCCGACAACCCGGCGCUGAUGGAGAGGCUCACCGGCCAGGGGUUCUACGGCAUCCGGAUCCCGCAGCUUCUCGACGCGCUGGCCCUCGUCAUCAAGCAGAGCCGCGGCGAGAAACGGCCCGCGGCUUCGGCUUCGGCGCCCGGGUUCGUCAACGACUCGCAGCUUGUCAUCGGCCACCGGAGCCUCACGCCUCUGGCCGACGCCGCGAACAGGGUCCUGUGGAAGCGGGAUCGCCGGAUGGGAUUCUACUUCAACUCGGACGGCGACGGGGCGGCGACGUCGAACGACUCGUCCGACCAGGGAGCGCUGGCCUCGUUCGUCAAGUCCGCGGCGGCCGACCCGGGACUCCUCUCGUCGCCCGACUGCUCUGCGUUCAUGGCGCGCCAGAUCGCCGCGCACCUCUUCCGCCUGCUGCUGAAGCCGGCCGAGAACGAGGACGACAUCGACGUGGGCAUGUCGCUCCAGGACGCCGGGCUGGAUAGUCUGGUCGCGGUGGAGAUGCGCAGCUGGUGGAAGGGGGCGUUCGGGUUCGACAUUAGCGUUCUCGAGAUGCUCGGCAUGGGAAGCGUCGCGGCUCUUGGCGAGAGGGCCGUGAGGGGGUUGAAGGAGUGUGCAGGGGAAGCUAGUGAGGGUCAAGACGGAGGCGGAGAGAAGCACGACACGGAGGGCUACUUGAAGUUGAAGAUGCCGUGA